UUGUAUAAAGUUGUUAUGGCUUACGUGUUACAAAACAGUUGCCUAUUUACAUGUCCUGCAGACAGAGCAACAUUAUCAAUUAUUUGGAGUUAUUUUUAUGGCCUCCCAACAAGUUUAAAUCCAACAUGCACUCUGUGUUGUGUAUGUUCACAUUCAGCUGGUGUCUGUGUCUGUCUGCUGUUUGGUCCGGUGUACAGUUUCCGGCUAAAAGCAGCUGCUGCAGGAAAUAAGGUUGAUGAGAGGACUGAGACUGAACCAAAGCAGGAGCAACACAGGUAUUGGGAAGACUACAGCCAUAGAUCUGGCUAAAAGAGGAGCCAGAGUGAUUCUGGCCUGUCGCAGUAAGCAGAGAGGAGAGGCUGCUCUUGAGGAAGUCAAGAGGGAGAGUUGCAGUAAUCAGGUGGUGUUCAUGCAGUUGGAUCUGGGGAGUCUCAAGUCUGUUCGCAGCUUUGCUGAAUCCUUUCUGAAGUCUGAAUCCAGACUGGACAUCCUCAUCAACAACGCAGGUAUUUAUCUGCAGGGUCGAACAGAGGAUGGACUGGGAAUGAUGUUUGGUAUAAACCAUGUUGGUCACUUCCUGUUAACCAACCUGUUGCUGGACCGGCUGAAGGAGUGUGAACCGAGCAGGGUGGUCAACGUGUCGUCUUUGGCACAUUUAUUUGGAAACCUUGAUUUCAACUGCCUGAACACCCACAAAGCUCUAGGACUGGGGACGUCAUUCACUGAGGUUCUCCAGGUCUACUCCGAUAGCAAGCUGUGCAACGUCCUCUUCACCCAUGAACUGGCCAAGAGACUGCAGGGAACCAAGGUCACUUGCUACAGCCUCCAUCCAGGAGUUAUCAACUCUGAGCUGGCAAGAAACACAAACUCUGUAAUACAAAUUCUCCUGAAGCCCCUGUCAGCUUUCUUCUUCAAAAACACCAUCCAGGGAGCCCAGACCACCCUGCACUGUGCUCUCCAGGAGGGGAUCGAACCUCUCAGUGGAUGUUACUUCUCCAACUGCACUGUGAAAAAAGUCUCUGCUAAAGCCAAGGAUGACGCUGCGGCAAAGAAGCUGUGGGAGCUCAGCGAGAGACUGUGUGGCCUGGCAUAAAAUGGUUAUUACAGGCCCUUUCUUUUAAAUGAUGGUUGCUACAUGAACACUACUAAGUACUAAAGUAUUUACCGACCGUGUCUCUCUCACAAAGUCUUUUAUUUGAUGUGGAUGUGACUUGAAUGAUUUCAGCUACUGAUGGUCUUCCUCAGGUAAAGAAGAAAACAUACACACGUAUGUAUUUGUGAUGAAAUGACAAGUCAUCAUCUCCUGAUUAGAUUAUCUGCCUGUUUUUCACUAAAAUAGAUCUGAAAGUGAAAUUUUAAUGAUCAGUCAUUAUACUUUACUUGAUGACUUCAAUGCACCUUCUUCUGAGAAGGUCCCGCAACGAUUACAUAGUCAAAUAGGUGCAUGCUCCAGGUAGACAUUUCAGCACUGUCUCCAUAAGUGAAGUGACAGUAACGGAAAAGCCCUCCAUGUAUAAGGUCAGAUCAUGGCUGUCUUCAUGUAAUCGUAGCAAGGGGGUAAGCCGCAGUUGGAACAUUGAAGCCGACCAAAGCCUGAAUGGAAGGUUCCAUGUAGUCCCAAAAAUGACCCCGUGAGAGAUGUAACUGUAUUGCUUAGAUUAUAAACACUCUGUCAAUCUAAAUAAACUAUUCGGCUAUCAAUGA